UAUCAGGGUGUUUUUAAAUGGAUUAUACUCCAACUCAAAGUGGGUUCAGACAGCACCCUAUUACACGUCUGAGGAACAGCUCCAGGGAUGGAUCGGAUGUCAGUCAACUGUUUGAUGAUACCAGCGGAGGUGGAACUGGGUCGCAGAUGGGCUGCGGGAACCAGUAUGUGGGACCUCAAGCAGCUGGAUUUUCUGGCCAGUCACUUUUGUCAGACCCCAUGUCGAAUCUCGCCAUGGCAUACGGCAGCUCACUGGCUUCCCAAGGCAAAGAAAUGGUGGACAAGAAUCUGGACAGGUUCAUCCCAUUUUCUAAGCUGAAGUAUUAUUUUGCCGUGGACACCGUGUAUGUGGGGAAGAAGCUGGGUCUUCUUGUUUUCCCUUACCUGCAUGAGAACUGGGAGGUGAAUUACCAGCGGGACACUCCUGUGGCUCCACGCUAUGAUGUGAACGCUCCCGAUCUCUACAUUCCAGCGAUGGGCUUCAUCACGUACGUGCUGGUAGCUGGACUGGCACUUGGCACACAGAACAGGUUUUCCCCGGAGCUGCUGGGAGUUCAGGCCAGCUCUGCGUUGGUGUGGCUGAUCAUGGAGGUGUUGGCGAUCCUUCUGUCACUCUAUUUGGUUGCUGUAACCACAGACCUCACCAUCAUCGAUCUGGUGGCCUUCUCUGGCUACAAAUAUGUAGGGAUGAUCAUAGGUGUGGUAGCAGGUUUGAUAUUUGGCAAGCUGGCGUACUACAUGUCUCUGCUGUGGUGCUGUGUGGCCGUCUUUGUCUUCAUGAUCCGCACGCUGCGUCUGAAGCUGUUAUCAGAGGCAGCAGCAGAAGGCCGGCUGGUGCGAGGAGCCAGAAACCAGCUGAGGAUGUACCUCACCAUGUCGAUCGCAGUCGCCCAGCCCGUCUUCAUGUACUGGUUUACAUAUCGUCUCAUCAGAUAAAGUGGGGACCACGAACACGCACAUUAACAAACAAAAACAACAACAAUAAAAUGCACAACAUGAACUGAAGCUGUCGACGCCAUCUCACCCCCACCAAAGACUCAACAUCAACAAUGUGGAUUAAAAUCAACAGUUACAACUAUCCGGUUAAAACGAUUCAUUUUGUGCACAUUCACAGGACUCUACGUGUGCACGAACGAGCAACUUGCUGCAGAACCACAAGAUGCGUUUGUUUUACGUCUCAUAGCUUUCUUGCCUUUUUUUUUUUUUUACACACACAAAACUAGCAUCUGCAUAAGUUGUUAUUCUUCAAGCUGUAAUUUUUUUUAGGAAUAUUUAAGUAUGAAUGUGUAAAUAAAUGUAUUGUAAUAGAUGCUGUCAGGGUGUGAUAUCUCAGAUAGAGCUGACAGAAGAAAAGCACACUGACCUCAUAUGAACUCUUUCCAUCUGAAGAAGGAAAAAAAAAGUCACUGCUUUUUUCCAAAAGGCGCAGCUGACUUUAACACCACAUGACAGUUAGUUCUGCUUUGAUCCCACUGUUUGUGUUGUGGUUGAGGUUGAAUCGUAGUCACUUAUCAAGAGUUUUUUCCUGAUCAGGGCCUCGUUUCCCAAAAUCUUAAAGGUCACCUGACCUUGGUCCCAUUGGAAGUCCCUGGACUACAGUCAUCGUAACCUGAAGGUACUUUUGGGAAUGGGACCUCAGGUAAAAGGUGCAUAAGUGCCGUCUUAUUUUUUUAAUGUUUGUAAGCUUUGCUGCCUGUGUUUGUUCAGAAAUAAUGUUAUCAAGUGUCGUAAACUUAAGAUACUAAGGUAACUUUGAUAUGCUUUUAAAAGCAAUUAAUUUAUAUUUUGCUUUUGUAUUAAACGUCAGACGGAAUAAAGAAAGUCACAUGAUUCUGUAAAAACUGUCUCA